GCGACUGUGCGCCCGUCUCAACGACGCGACGCCCCGAGAGGCUCGGCGCUGCGGGUGCGGGGAGGAGAGAGCCCGAGAUGACAGAUAACGUACUGGCGAAGACGCGCUCAAAAAGGACGCGUCAGCUUGCGUCUCCGUUUUAGCGCUUUACGCGGAGCUGGGGAGCGACUGUUUCGGCUCCGUGUGUUAUCAAGCCCACUGUAGACUCUGAUCCACCCCUCCUGGGACCAGAGCUGUACUCUGGAGUCAGCUGACUGACUGCUGGAGUCUUCUACACACCAGCUGACCAAUCACAGGUGAGGAUGCCACUGCACAAACCUCCCCUCAGACGCAGUGCGUCCACGUUAGAGUCAACCAAUUACAGCAGUCCUUCUGUGAUCCCGCCUACUUCUCUCAACCUCCGCUUGUCCCACAAUCAGCAGCUGGGCUGUGACAUCAUAAAGGAGACUCAGGGUUCAGCUGCGCCCACAAAGAGCCGUCACAAGUACGCUGUGACCAGCCUCCAGAGUGCCCCAGGGCUGGAGGAACACCCCGCCUUCUUCAGCCGAAGCCACACCCCAGCAGGGAGCAAACCCGCCCCCACAAAAUCUGCCUCCUCCUCUUCUCUUUACUCCUCCUCCUGCAUCUCCCUCUCCUUCUCGCCAUCCAACCCAAAACUGGCAAAAAAUGGCACCAACCUGCAGCUCAAAGAAACACACUUUGACCUGACUAGGAAAGACAAAAACCGCAAUGAUGUCACCACCAAGAAUGGCUGUGAUUGGCCUGACUGCCUCGGCAAGGACAAUGAGAAGGGCGCCCCCUUCAGGCGGAGGACCAAGAGCUUCCUGGAGUACCAUCGCGAAGAGGAUGAAGAGUCAUCCAGCAGCCCAGGGAAGGAGCUUCCGAUGCCGGCCGAGCAGAUGGGGCUCCCCCCACUGCUGGUACACCAGGCCUGGGCUAAAGAGAACCGGGUGGAAGCCCACCUCACACUGCCCCAGAACCACCUGCUGCUGCUGCCCGGAGAAGAGGAGGAUGGGAGCUCCACCCAGCCUCAGCUGGACUGGGAGAAGGACGGAGGCUUCAUGGCUGGAGACUCCCCAGCCAGUCCCAGGCUGCAGGUCCUGGCCAGCCCAGGGAAGGUGCUCCGUCUGGGGCAGAGAGGGGAGCGGGGUCAGGGUCCAGCCAUGGGACAUCCACAGCAGGAGAAACAGGUACAGGAGGAGGAGGAUGAAGAUUCAAGCUGGACGACUCUGUCUCAGGAGAGUCCAUCGCUAGAGACACCACAGGAGACAGGUACAUGGAGUGACUCAGUGUUGCCCCCUGGCUGGCGGGGGGCAGAGGACCACUCUGACGUCUAUUUCUGGCACCUCCCGACUGAGGCCACCCAACAGGACCCUGUAACCCUUGACAACCACAGUACCUCCGAACCAGAACAGCACCUUGAGGGGGCGAAGGAGCGGCCCUCCCUGUCUGCCCAACCCUCUAAAGCACAGAGUGAGAGGCCUAACAGCAUUGUAUCAGACAGUUCAGUGGAGCCUGUGCCUUUAUCAGCUUCUACAUCACCCUCCUCUUCCUCACCCUGCUAUGAAGUGACUGGUUCCGCAUGCAGCUUCCUCAAUAACAACUACCUGGACCGGAAAGAGAGCCCGUUCUGCCCAGACGCCAGCGAGAGCAGGAGAGAGGAAGAGCAACGAGGGAGUGAACGAGAGAGGGUUCGCUGCAUGCCUUACAGCUACGUCAACCUUAAAGCUAAAGUCUACCCUCCACCAUCACUCCCUCUCUCCAAAGCUAACGUCUGUCCUCCUCCAGCUGACUGCCUCAUUCCCAUUCAUGACUUGGACAAACAGGCCUUCCGGGUGCGCUCGCUCGGCUGGAUGGAAGUGUGUGAGGCUGAGCUGGUGUGUAGCAGAAGCACGGCUGCGGUCAGUGAAUGUGUCAGACUCCUCCAGCUCCCGGACACGCACAUCGCUGCGUCCACGUCCACACUGCGCCGGAGAGAGAGAGAGAGCACGUGUGAGAGGGAGGAGGGAAAAGCAAUGCUACUGGUUGUGCAGGACGCUACCCUGACUCUGAUCGACCCCGUAGACAACACCCUGUUUCAUUCACAGCCAGUCAGUAGUAUCCGUGUGUGGGUUGCUGGGCGGGACAGGAGUAGGGACUUUGCCUACGUGGCUGAGGACAAGAACAAGAACACGCGUGUGCUGAAAUGUCACGUGUUCCAGUGUGAGAGUGCUGCCGUCGCCAACAACCUGCACCAGAUCUGCUCUAAGAUUAUGGCUGAACGGAAGGGUGGCAAAGCAGCCGUGGGCGGAGCCUGUCUUCCCAGCUCCGACGUUCCAUUACAAGCAGACUUUCCCACACCAAAGACUGAACUAGAACAGAGCUUCCAUGUCCUCUACCUGGGAAUGACUUCUGUGUCUCGACCCAUAGGGAUGGACAUUAUAAAUGGAGCAAUCGACAGUCUGCUCUCAUCCACUGGGAAGGAAGAUUGGACCGCCGUUCUGCUGAGCAUUGAGGACGCAACCAUCAGUGUUAUCAAGGAGAAGGAAGGGGAGGAGGAGGUCCUGGUGGAUUGCCGCGUGCGUUUCCUGUCAUUCAUGGGCGUGGGCCGUGACGUGCACACGUUUGCCUUCAUCAUGGACACGGGCAACCAGCACUUCCAGUGUCACGUGUUCUGGUGUGAGCCCAACGCAGGGAGUGUGUCAGAGGCUGUGCAGUCUGCCUGCAUGCUCCGCUACCAGAAAUGUCUCGUCGCUCGCUCUCCCUCUCAGAAGGCAGGCUCCUCGUCUCCGCCCCCCUCGGACUCAGUGACUCGCCGUGUCACCACCAGUGUUAAGCGCGGUGUCCAAUCAAUUAUAGAUACUCUCAAAAAGAAGCCCGCCCCCGAGCUCCCCCACCAAUGACAGGGCAACACUUCCCUGAUUGACAGCACGGCUAAGCCAACCACCAGGAGAUCAUGUAAAUAGUUACAAGUGCUUCUGUGCAGCCAAGAAGAAGAAGCCACCACAGAAAAAUCAACGGGGAUGGAAGAUCAGCCCACUGGAUGCUGCUCCACCUUUAAACUUUGACCUCUGCUGUUUCAGCAUGCCCCCUGAAGCAUGCUUUGGCCCACACAUCCCCCCCACCCAUCCCCCAAACCUACCCCCCCCCACACACACACACACGCUUGCUUACACUCGCAUGUCCCACCCGUUUGAAGUGUUUCUCUUUCCAUAAUCUGUGUUCCAUGCUGUUGUUGCCAUGCCAACACUGAUGUAGCUUCGCUCCUGAGGGCACACCCUUGAUCUCCUAAGUGUACCCAUGUGACCGGAGACUGAUCACCUCAGUGUACCCAUGUGACUGCGGGUUCCCAGUGCCUCCAGAAUCACAGCCUCAUCAGGCCAGCAGCCAUUGCGUUGGUGACAGGCGAGUUCAGAGAGGUUCCCCAGUCUACAGCCUAAAGCUUCUGUCUCACACUACUAGCAUGAGCCUGAUCAUCACAGACUUGGGUUUCAUGCCAACAUAUUUGAGAACAAAACUACUGACCAUGCUGGAAGUCACUGCAAGUAAAUAUGCUCCUCAGUUUCUAUUUUUGACAUUAAAAUAAAUGAUAAAACCAUUUGCAUUGCAAGCAAGUACAAAUAAUGAUUUUGCUCUCAUGUAACUUGAGUGGAGUAACUUAAUGGAAGCAAGGUGUAGUGUUUUCCUGUUUGCAAUGUAGUUUUGUCAUCGAUUAAUAAAUAUUUGAUCUAAUCACUUCUUAAACUGCAGCGUCAGUAGUUUGCCUCACAUAUGCUGUUUGCUUGCAUAAAGAGAGAACAUCAACUCCACAGAACUCAAGCCUGUCAGAACUGUUGUGUUUGUGUCUCAGAAGUCUAAAAUGUAGUUCUAGAACUGACGUGUGUGUGACCACAUGUUUAGUUCUAGAACAGACAUGUGUGUGACCACUUUUGGCUGAAGGGGGAGUGGACCAGAGCUGGUGAUGUACUUUAAUGGGAGAGGAGGCUCCCUCUUCACUCUGCAGUCCUGCUCCAUGCGAGUGCGCGUCUGGGCUGCGUUCGAAAGAAAACAAAAACUGACUUCACUUUCAUGUAGCUGGUGCUAUAGGAAAGGGAAAACACACAAACUGCUGUAAUAUGGCUUUUCAAAAUGACAUUAUAAACACUCACACAGUCUGUUACAAACUUCAAAGGCUCAUAGACAGACGACACACCUUUAGGGGUACAGGGCGGUGCGGAAGGCGGUGUACAUGUACGCUUCUCACAUUAAAAACAAAUGUAGUCCAUGUAAACAAAGCGUGAUUCAUGAGACGUGAUGUCUGUCCUCACUCAGUUUUACACUGUACUAAUGUCAUAAUGUCCCUGUGCAAAUAAACCCAUUUCAAAGUA